AUGGGUCAAACUCUCUCCGAACCCGUUGUCGAGAAGAACUCGGCCAAGGGUGAAGAUGAACGCCUCCUCUACGGUGUGUCGGCCAUGCAGGGUUGGCGCAUAAGUAUGGAGGAUGCUCACACUACCGUCCUCGACCUCCUUACCCCCGGAAGCGACGAAGCCAAGAAGCACGACUCCAAACUCUCCUUUUUUGGAGUCUUUGACGGACACGGCGGUGACAAAGUGGCCUUAUUUGCUGGAGAGCACAUUCACGACAUCAUCAAGAAGCAGGAGACCUUCAAGAAGGGCAACUACGAGCAGGCGUUGAAGGAUGGCUUCCUCGCAACGGAUCGCGCGAUUCUCAACGAUCCCAAAUAUGAGGAGGAGGUUUCUGGUUGCACCGCUUGCGUUGGCCUGAUCUCUGACAACAAGAUUUACGUUGCAAAUGCUGGCGAUUCGAGAAGUGUCCUUGGUAUCAAGGGACGAGCUAAGCCCUUGUCCCAGGACCACAAGCCUCAGCUUGAAGCCGAAAAAUCCCGUAUUACAGCCGCCGGUGGCUUCGUUGAUUUUGGCCGUGUCAAUGGCAACUUGGCCCUAUCGCGUGCUAUUGGUGAUUUCGAGUUCAAGAAGAGCGCAGAGCUCUCCCCCGAGGCUCAGAUCGUUACCGCGUUCCCCGAUGUCGAAGUCCACGAAAUCACCGACGACGAUGAGUUUUUGGUCAUUGCUUGUGACGGAAUUUGGGAUUGUCAGUCAUCCCAGGCGGUUGUUGAGUUCGUUCGACGUGGCAUUGCGGCCAAGCAGGAUCUGGACAAGAUCUGUGAGAACAUGAUGGACAACUGUUUGGCUUCCAACUCGGAGACUGGUGGCGUCGGUUGCGAUAACAUGACCAUGGUCAUUAUCGGCCUUCUGCGCGGCAAGUCUAAGGAGGAAUGGUAUGAGGAGGUUGCCAGACGGGUUGCUGCUGGAGACGGACCUUGCGCCCCUCCCGAAUAUGGUACGACUGAAUCCACCUCAUCCUAA